ACCGGCGCUUCGGGAGUGCGGUGGUAGCUGGGUGCUGUCAACCAUGCCUUUGCAGGCUGAUUUUGAUAGAAUCGCAGAAGAUGUGAGGAAGCUGAAAACAAGACCAGAUGAUGAAGAACUGAAAGAACUCUAUGGGCUCUACAAACAAUCCGUAGUUGGAGACAUCAAUAUUGAGUGUCCAGGAAUGUUAGAUUUAAAAGGAAAAGCUAAAUGGGAAGCAUGGAACCUCCAUAAAGGGCAGCCGAAGGAAGAUGCCAUGAGUGCGUAUAUUUCUAAAGCAAAAGAGCUGAUAGAAAAAUAUGGAAUUUAACAUUCAGCUAUGAGAAAGUCUUGCUUUUGAAGCCUUCAUAACGGUAUCGUGUCCUACCAUCUAGGGAAGAAAUACACCGUUAAUUCUUUACAUGUCGCAAGUAUGUUUGCUGUUAACAUGAAUUGUAAUCCUUAGAGGUUAUGCUGAAACAAUUUAAUGAAGUUUUACUUGCUAAAACCAGAUGAUUUUUAAAGUUCUUUAAAAAAAAGUAUUGCUCUGGUAGUAUGUCACAAAAACAUUAACAAUUUUUUUUUUGGCUUAUCUGUUUUUCUACAGUAAGUUAGCAUUAUUGUUAUGUGAUCAAAACCGUUUAUUAAGAGCCAGUAGCAAGAUUCUUCCUUUGUUGCACCGUGUAGCUUUGGGAUUCUCACUGACUUGGGGCCUUGGAAAUCAUAAACAUACCUGGUUCCGUUCCAUACUCUGUAAUUCUUUACUAGGUGACCUGAGACAAAUUAUUUCACCUUGCUAAGCCUCAUCUAUAGAGUAGAGGGGAAAAUCAGUAUCACAGGGUUGUAAGAAUUGAAUGAUUCUUGAGAUAAUUGAGAAUUGAUAAUUGAGGAAACUCUAUCCUACCUUCAAUUUAAAGCAUACAUUAUAUAAAACCUAACAACAAAUAAACUAAACUUUUUUAAAAAUAAACUUACAAGUCCAUAACUAUUCAAAGAAAGAAGUCAUCUAUCAAUUAUUUUUCUUUAAAUUUUUACACUUAAGACAGAAAAAUUAAAUGUAGUAUCAAGUGAUAAUAAAAUGUACAACUUCUGUGCCUCUUAAUUCAGUUUCAUUGAAGUGAAAAUGCAGUCUGGAAUAUCAUACUGGCCUAAUCCUCAGUCUUUCUUGCUGCACACAGGUUCCCUGAAAGAAGAUAGUCUUUUUUUUUUUUUUAAAGAUUUUUAUUUAUUUAUGUGACAGAGAUAGACAGCCAGCGAGAGAGGGAACACAGCAGGGGAGUGGGAGAGGAAGAAGCAGGCUCCCAGCAGAGGAGCCUGAUGUGGGACUCGAUCCCACAAUGCCGGGAUCACGCCCUGAGCCGAAGGCAGACGCUUAACGACUGCGCUACCCAGGUGCCCCCGAAAGAAGAUAGUCUUGUUUUAGCAUUUCUAAAAUCAGUUUGAGAUUGCAUAGGAUAAAUAUCCCAAAAAACAGUGUACUUCUAUUCCCUGGAUAAGGGUUUGGGUUUGUAUGCUAUGACCAAUGAUGGAUAGAUUGAUUCAUGUGACUUAAAA